AUGAAUAAAUCCAUAUCCAAAGUUAUUUCAAAUAAUAAUAUUUGUAAUAAUGAAUCCUGUAGUCCUCAACCGCAUGAGCCUUGGACUACAGUACUGGAUGGAACCAGCGAAGCAUCAAAACCAAUUCAAAGAGAAUAUGUAAUAGAAACAGUGAUUGGUGCUGAAGAUUGCUUAUUUUUGAACGUGUUCACAAAAGAGAUUAACCCGUCAAAGCUAAAGCCUGUUUUUGUAUGGAUUUAUGGUGGCGGAUUCGUACGUGGCUCAACUUCCAAAGAUGUUUACAGUCCCGAUUAUUUCUUAAGCAAGGACGUGGUUUUCGUUUCAAUUGCAUAUAGAGUUGGCAUAUUUGGAUUUCUAUCUAUGAAAGACCCUUCCCUGAAGAUACCUGGAAAUGCAGGACUAAAGGACCAAAUUUUGGGUUUGAAGUGGGUGCAGCAGAAUAUAUCCAGGUUCGGCGGAGACCCAAAUAACGUGACGAUAUUUGGCGAAAGUGCGGGCGGAGCUUCAGUUCACUUUUUAGGGUUGACAGAGAAGGCGAGAGGAUUAUUCCAUCAAAUGAUUUGCAUGUCCGGGUCAGCAUUCUGUAACUGGGCGCUACCUCCACCUAAAAAUUGGUCAUUACGUAUUGCCAAAGAUCUUGGUUAUAAAGGUGAAGAUAAUGAUAGUGCCGUUCUACACUUUUUGCGUAAAGCCGACUGUAAGAAGAUAGCAAUAUCGGAAGCCAAUAUCCUCACUAAGCAGGAAAUGCUUGAAGGAUAUUUGUGGUGCUCAUAUCCGGUGGUCGAGCCUUAUAAAUCCGAUGAUUGUGUACUUCCCGAACAACCACUAAUCUUGGCGCGUGAUGCUUGGAGUAAUGAUAUUCCUGUGAUAGUUGGUGGUACUUCUAGGGAAGGAAUUUUUUUCGUUAAUUUUUUCUUGAAGAGUGAUGCAAGGGGGCUAACCCUUCUUUCACGUUCCUACACUUUCUGGAUAGAACGAUAG